AUGGGCGGGGUCAACGAACUGCCAAUCAGAGCGGCGUGUGUGGCCGGUUGGUCCAGGCUGAUGCUGCUGUGGUCUUCCUGGACCAUGUAUGAUGGGAUGCCUUCCAGCAGCCGAGUUUCAGCUGGCAUUGCCCGGCAUCUCCAGCUCGCCGCUCUCAUCCUGUGCGCUGGAACCAUGCUCCGUGUUUGCAUUGCGAACCGAAUUCCGGGGGAGUGCCCAGAGCCUGCUGAACCCCAGAAUGGCUACAUCACAUAUCCACGACCUCGCUACGCUGAGAACUCUACAAUUCAUUUCUUCUGCCUCCGCGGUUACUUCCUGUCAGGACCUGCAACUCUGGCCUGUUUGAGAUACCCCAACAGCGAACUCGAUUGGACACCUCGAGAGCCCCCAGUUUGUAACCUUGUUGUCUGCCAAGUUGUAAGCAUCAGAAAUGGGGUGGCGGAGAACAGGACAUACCAGGUAGACGACACAUUGGAGUUCCACUGUCUGACCGGCUUCCAUCUGGACCCACGUUCAACAGAGCCCCUUCCCAGAUGUCAGGAGGACGGUGCCUGGAGCUCAGUCCCCAGCUGCCUCAGCAACUUUGUGACCCCACUUUCAUCAGUUACAGUGUGCCCUGUGCCAUACAUUGAAGAUGCUGAUGUGUACAACAACACCUACCGGCCUGGUGACCAGCUGACUGUUAGCUGCCACCGGGGGUUCCAGAUCCGUUACCCGGACAUGGAAAACAUGGUAACACUGUGCCCGGAUGAUGGAAUUUGGGACAACCUGCCCACCUGCCAAGGUUGCUUGAAGCCACAGGUAUUCCCUCACAGUUACAUCAAUGUUUCCGACUCUCUGACCCUAUUCCCUGUGGGAUCAGUGUUACGUUAUCAAUGUUUUCCUGGCUACAAGCUGACAGGACCAGAGCUUUUGGAAUGUAUGUACAACCUGCUGUGGUCUUCCAGCCCACCACAGUGUCUUGAUGUUGAAGCGUGCCCCCUGCCUCCAAUUCCAGAUCACGGGGACUACGUCUGCCAUCCUUACCCCUGCGACCGCUACAUCCAUGGCACUGUCCUGGAGUUUUACUGUGAUCCUGGCUACUUCCUCACCAACGAUUACAAGUACAUCACCUGUCAGUAUGGAGAGUGGUUUCCCAGCAACCAUGUCUUCUGCCAACAUGCUGAUCAAGCCUGGUCAGACUCUGAGGAAGCUGUCAUAUCCACCUGGAAGAUUGUGGCUUUCACAGCCAUCAGUGUCCUUCUGGCCCUACUCCUUGUGGUCUUUGUCAAAGCCUUUCACAUCAAGCUGAAGUCACCAUGCCAGUCUGGCGAUCAAGACUCCUCAGGUGGCCGCCAUUUUGUGGUGGUUGAUGGCAUUCCAGUCAUAUUGCCCACCUACGACGAGGCUGUUUGCAACUCCACCAAUAGCGACCCUGUGCCCGAGGUCAUGGCCCCCGCAGAGCAGACCCAGCAAGAUGACCAGAACCCUCCGGCCUACCCAGGCCGGCCCGUGGACCGUGUGGUAGCUGCCAAUCCCACUCCUACAGAGCGGCCUGGCCAACUGGACUGCUCGGGGCCUGGGAAAUGGGAGGACUCAUCACCAUCGAUGUCAUUUGAUACAGCGGCCACGCACCCUAUCACUGAGGAUAUCGUCGACGGCCCAGAAACUGAGAACACCGCUUCAACGUCUCCUAGCAUUAACAUCGCAGAUGGUGAGUGCUCAGUACCCAGAACGGAAGCCACUGCAAGAGUUGGGCUAUGGUACAGUCGAUGGCAAAAUACAGAAGGGAGACAGCUGGGGGGAGGAGUAGUGACUCAGUAA